AUGCCUUCCAGGAAUGUCGUCUCCUCUGGUCCAUGCAUAGAUGAUGCCGAGUGCGGUGCUUGCAUGGAAGACACAGGGGAGACUCAAAAGCAUUGGACCUAUGUGGGCGAGGGGAAUGGACAAUAUCAGAAGGUGGAGAAGUACAUGGCGGUAUCUGGUGGAGCCUACACGAUAACGGAGGUGCCCUCGCGGAGGAUAAGCCCUCAAUGUUGCUGCUGGUGUUUUUGCAUUCUCGUUCUCACGCUGCUGCUUGCGCUUGCCUUUUUACUCCGAGGUCCGCUGUCCACCGCAAUCGCCAACUUUGGCACGCCCGUAGCGGCGGACACGUAUCAGUACACGCCUCCGAUGUACGACUGCAGUGUUGGCACCUGGCUCACGAACAUGAGGAGUGACGUGGCAGCGGCCACGCAGGCUUAUCGUGGACAAGCCUUCAAAGACACCGACACCAAUUUCGAUGGUCUCUUGAGCGCAGCGGAGCUCUCGGCGGCGAGUUCCAAGCUGCCGAAGUGCUUUGCAGAGCACGGCCUUGAAUGGGACAAGGACGGCAACGGAUUGAGCCUCGGCGAGAUGGAAGAAGGUCUGAUGCAGAAGGUGGGACUGCAAUCCGACCACAUCCUCGUGGAACCUACGAAGACCAACGCUGUAGCAGACUUGGACUGCGAUGGCUACAUCAGUGUUGAUGAGCUUGGAGCCUUGAAUGAAUCUCCUGACCUGCCACAACACACGAAAGACCUCCUGAUUGGAGGAGAUGUGGAUGCUGAUGGAAAGUUGGGCUCCGAGGAGAUGGUGGCGGCGCUCCAGAAGUCCAUGGUGGCUGCGAACCCGGAGGCGGAGGGCGAACAUAGUGUGGCUGCACAGAUCUGGACUGAGACCAAGCGCAAGUGGUGCUGCACCUACGAGCAGCUGGGGUGCAACACGUACCUGGGGGACGCUCCGGAGCCGGAGAGUUGUGAAGAAGGAAAUGUGCUGACGUGGAGUGGUGACAAGAAAGAUCGAUGCUGCGCUUCAGUAGGAUUGGGCUGCAAGUCCGAGCCCUCCACCUAUGACUGCGCUGUUUCCUAUGGAAAUCAUCCAGAGGAUUGGCCGAGGGAGAAGAGGGCGGAGUGCUGCAAGCACUACAGUGUCGGUUGUGAUGCAGAGCCGUAUGACUGCGUCACCGGCCUCACCAAUUGGAAAGAAGGAUGGGAUGCUGAUCAGAAGAAGUGGUGUUGCGACCACAAACAGCUCGGAUGUUCCGACACGCACUACGACUGCACUUCUGAUACAGCUACCUGGAGCCCCGCGCAUCGGAAAUACUGCUGCACCUCACAUCACACGGGCUGUGGAAAUGCCACGAUUCCCAAGCCGAAAUUCAACUGCCGUGAGGGAUACCCGGAUGCCGUGGACUCCUGGGAGCAUGAUAAGAAGGAUUUCUGCUGCUCGAACUACGCUCGAGGAUGCUCUAAGGAAGAGGAGGACCAGGCAUCAGGAUCAGGAUCUGUGUCGCCUCCGUCUCAUCCACAUCCACUUCCAGAAAUGGCCAUCCUCUACGACUGCGAGGAUGGCCUCAGCAGCUGGAAGACUCUCUGGCCACCUGCAAAAACGGCCUGGUGCUGUGCUCACAGAGAUCUCGGUUGCUCUCAUCAUGGCAGUUAUGACUGUGAUGCUGGUUCGUCGAAGUCAUGGCCCAGUUCGAAGCAGGACUACUGCUGCCUUUACCACAACAAAGGCUGCCACUUUGAUGCGAAUAAGCCACAAUAUGUGUACAGCGACGACUCCUACGAUGUACCCCAGCCUGGUCACUACAUCACCACGGAGGGUGAUAGCUUCCAAUACCCACAGGGCUCCCACUACAGCUACGAUGCGGAUGGCAGAUACUCUGGCAUCUCUGGCACGCAAGUUGUUGAUGAUGGGACCGUCCAGUACGGUGACUGGCAACAACAGGCCAAUGAUGCUCUUGACAAGCUGCCGGGUGCUGUGGCGCAAAUCGGCGCCCACCUCCUCGAUCAUGCAGUUCACGUAGUUCACCAUGUCCACCAUGUUCAGGAUGCGCCGGCACUGACGGAGGACGCCUCUGGUGGAGCGCAUCACAAAGAGGACGCCUCUGGUGGAGCCCAGCACAAAGAGGACGCCUCUGGUGGAGCCCAGCACAAAGAGGACGCCUCUGGUGGAGCCCACAAAGAGGAUGCCUCUGCUGGAGCCCAGCACAAAGCAGAGCACGCCACGCACGCCACACACGCAGCGAGCACAGAGCACACUGCGCAGCAUCUCCAGAAGGGCUCCAAGGAGGAGCACCACGUGACUACUGCAGUCAUGUUUGGCACGCACUCCGCGGAUGCAACGCACGCAGACAAUGUGGCCGCACAGAAAGCUGACACGGACACCAAGGACAAGCCAUAA